GUAUUUUCUCUGUUUGGUACCGCAACCACAACAACAGCGGUCUUAUCUGGGAUAUUAAGAUCUACAAAACACAUACAAUUUGCGUUGAAAUGGAUAACAGCGAGGAAGAGGAUGAAGCUGAGUGGAAUAACAGCGUUGUGGAUUCAGUCCCAUACAGCACUGCUGCUGCUGUUUCUGAUCUGAGCCUCAAUAAGACAUCAGGACCAACACCUGCUCACAGAGUCAUUCUGCAUUUUGACCUGGACUGCUUCUAUGCUCAGGUGGAAAUGAUCAGAAACCCUGCACUGAGAGAGGUCCCUUUAGGUAUUCAGCAGAAAUACAUCAUAGUCACCUGCAACUAUGUGGCAAGAGAUCAGGGUGUCACCAAGCUGAUGUCUGUGACUGAUGCUAAGGAGAAAUGUCCUCAGCUGGUGCUGGUUAAAGGAGAAGACCUGACACACUACCGGGAAAUGUCAUAUAAACUGACAGAGCUGCUGAUGUCCUACUGUCCACUGGUAGAGAGGCUUGGAUUUGAUGAAAACUUCAUGGACAUCACAGAGAUGGUAGAAAGAAGGCUAGCAGAGACGACGGAGUCGAACAACUUUUCAUUUAAAGGACACGUCUACAACCAUCUCAGUGCAGACGUUAAAGCCAGUGAUCAUCCGAGGUUGGCUUUAGGUUCACACGUGGCAGCGGAGCUAAGAGACGCCAUCCACAGCAAACUGGGUCUGACCGGCUGCGCUGGCGUCGCCACGAACAAGCUGCUGGCCAAACUGGUGGCGGGCAGCUUUAAACCCAAUCAGCAAACCACCCUGCUGCCUGAGAACGUCGGCGACAUCAUGGGCCGCCUGAGCGGUCUCCGCAAAGUACCAGGGGUUGGUCACCAGACAGCGAAGCGACUUCAAGCCCUGGGAUUGGUCAGCCUGAAAGAUCUUCAGCUCUUCCCGUUGAACGACUUGGUGAAGGAGUUUGGAGGUCCCAGUGCACAGCGCUUGAAGAAUCUGGCCCUCGGCGUUGAUGACUCACCUGUCACCCCCACCGGAGCCCCUCAGUCUCUCAGUGACGAAGACUCCUUCAAGAAAAUGUCCUCAACUAAAGAGGUUUUGGAAAAGAUUCAAGAACUCCUGAGCAGUCUGUUGGAGAGGAUGCACAAAGAUGGCAGGCAGCCUCAAACCUUCCGGCUGACCAUCCGUAGAUACUCGGCGACCAACAAGUGGUUCAGUCGGGAGAGCCGACAGUGUCCGAUCCCCAACCACGUAGGACGGAAGAUCACCUCCGACAGCGGUGAUGACGCUGUGGUCCAGCUGGUCUCGUUGGCCAUGAAGCUCUUCCACAAGAUGGUGGACCGCAGCGCCGCCUUCCACCUCACUCUCAUCAACGUUUGCUUCAGUAACCUGCAGACCAGGGGAGCCGCCGUCAGUGGAAAGGGCUCUAUAACAUCUUUCUUCACACACAGCUCGUCUCCCAGGAAAACACAAAUCUUCUCACCACAAAGCCAGGAUGCUUCCUCUCAGAGUGGGAAUACGGAUCAUCAGUUGAGUGCGCACAGCGUGAUUACUCAACCUACCCCUCCUCAAAAGACGGUAACCUCAGAAAGCCCUUGUAGCUCUGGGGCAGAAUCAUAUGGGUUUAAAAGAAAACAGAGGCCUGUUGUUGCUGUAAAGAACCCUCCGCUUCAGAAAGAAUCCUGCAGCACAGCGAGGUCGGACCCAAAAAUCUCGGUGACGCAUCGAUUGCCCCCAAAUGUUGACCCCGAAGUGUUCAGGCUUCUCCCUGAGGAAAUUCAGAAGGAGCUGUUAUCUCCUGCCUACACAAACUCUCUCCCCGGUCAUUCAACGAGCUCCCCUGCUGUCGUCAAUGUCCCCAACGUAACAAAAAACAAGUCUCCUCAGUCAUUUAGUGACUCACAAAAUAUAAAAGGCAUCAAAGAGGCCGUGGAGAAAUUGGACCCAUCUGGCAGGCCGACUACCGUGAAUCAGAGGCCUGCGGGCACAAGUGCAUUUCUGGGAGAAAACGCCACGGAAGAAGGGAGACCGUCAUUCUCUCGGUCUUCUGACUGUGACUUCCCAGGAAAUGUGGACCCUAAGGUGUUUUCAGAGCUUCCGCCAGAAGUUCAGAAGGAGUUGAUGUCUGGAUGGAAGCAACAGAAGCCGGUCCUGAAGACGCCCUCAUCCAGGAAACCAGGGAGAAGCUUGAUGACCAAAGACAGAAAGGCUGCAGGAAAAGGCAGUCAGGCAAACAAUCUGUUAAAGUAUUUCAAACCCAGUUAGAGGGCGAAGCAAAGCUUCUGCUAGAGGUCAUUUAUGACAAACUCUUCUGUUAUGUUAUUUCUCGUUCUCAGGUGAUGUGUGUGUAUAUAGGGCGUGGACAAAAUAAAAGAAACGCUUAACUGUACAAUAGCAAAUAGGCUUUUUUGGUGACACUACACUAAAUUUAAAAGGCAACUACACAAGUAUUGAGGACCACAGGUAUCAGGAAAAUGAUUUCUGAUACAUCACUUACAAAUGCAGCAACAUUAUGUACGAUAACAUUUGGGAAAAGUCUAAAAGAUCUUGCCAAAAAUAUGAAAAUUGCAUUGCACUUUAAAAAACGGCCUUUAACUUGUAUCUCAGCAGUGGUUGAAUGCUUUAGAAGAAGCUAGAAAGUGAACUGCCUCUAAAGUCUUGAAUUCAUGUUUUCACUCCACUAUUGGUCCCAACAAAAACAGAAAAUAGUUUGAGCUUGACCAAGGUGGUUUUUGUGUUUCUCUUUUUUUUUUGGUCCACCCCUGUAUGUCAGUAUUAAUAUGCAUGUCAGUUGCUGUUUUGGAAAUAAGAAUUGUAUAUAUAUUGUUUAUAAAACUGAAUAUUGAUUUCAAAAUAUCUCCAAACUGCUUGAUUUGUCUGAGCCUUGAACAUUAUUUGUGAAAUCUCCGUUUACCUUAUGUUACUAUUUGUAAACAUGGAUUAAAGUAAAUUCCCAAAUCUUCCGGCUAUCCUAAAUGAGGUCCUUAGCUUCAGGUUUAUUGUUUUGAUAUUGUUUUCACAUUGUUUGGAGAAGCAGGAUUAUUUUGCUUAGCCUCUAGAAGUGGGGCCCUCAUUACUUGGUUGGACGAUUUCCACUGAAAUCCACAGAGGCUCACAUUAUUCGUUGACAUCCACUUUUCAAAGAGCCUUUUUUUUUUUAACCCUCAUGUGAAAUACCAGAAAACACAAGGUCUGUA